AACAGAAUUUCAUUUAAUUUCAUGAGCACAGAGAAGUCAGCGAGGCGUUGUUAGUUUUUUUUCUUUGUCAUUCAUCACUUGAUUGUACCAUUAAGUGUGUCUACUUUUAAAAAAAUAUAACUAUUUUAAAUUGUCCAUUGUAUCAAUAAAAAAAAUGAGUGGGAAAAAUAAGGCCAAUGAAAAUAUUCAAGUUUACGUUCGAUGCAGACCCAUAAAUAGCCGUGAGCGUAAUAUUCAUUCGAAUGAAGUGGUUAGAGUGGUAUCAGAUCGUGAAGUUGUUAUAAAGCAACUUGACAAUCGCAUGACAAAAAAAUUUACAUUUGAUCGUGCGUUUGGUCCGGAUUCAAAGCAAGCAGACGUAUAUCAUGUGGUCGUUGCGCCGCUAAUCAAUGAAGUGCUAUCUGGAUAUAAUUGCACGGUGUUUGCCUACGGCCAAACUGGCACCGGCAAAACACACACAAUGAUCGGUGACGAAACACCACAAAGCUUUUCAUCCUACGAAGAUUCAUCGGCAAUGGGCAUUAUACCACGAGCAUUGUCGCAUUUGUUUGAGGAGCUUCGAUCAAUGGAUGUUGAGUUUACGAUGCGUAUUUCAUAUCUUGAAUUGUAUAAUGAGGAAUUGUGUGAUUUGUUGUCGUCGAGUGACGUCACCCAAAUCCGUAUAUUUGAAGAUCCAAAUAAAAAAGGUUCGAUUAUUGUACAAGGCUUAGAAGAAAUUCCCGUCCAUAGUACGUCUGAUGUGUACAAAUUAUUGGCAAAGGGUCAAGAGAAACGUAGAAUGGCAUCGACUCAGAUGAACGCACAAUCGUCGCGUUCGCAUACAGUUUUUUCAAUUUUGGUGCAUAUCAAAGAAAAAGAAGGCAUUGAAGGUGAAGAAUUACUGAAAAUCGGUAAAUUAAAUCUAGUCGAUUUGGCUGGCAGUGAAAAUAUUUCAAAAGCCGGCAAUGAAAAAGGUAUUCGAACACGUGAAACCGUCAAUAUAAAUCAAUCGCUAUUGACACUUGGCCGUGUAAUUACGGCAUUGGUUGAACGUACACCACAUGUUCCGUAUCGUGAAUCGAAAUUGACACGACUUUUGCAAGAGUCACUUGGUGGUCGCACAAAAACCUCAAUCAUUGCUACCAUUUCACCCGGACACAAGGAUUUGGAAGAGACAACCAGCACAUUAGAGUAUGCAAAUCGUGCCAAAAAUAUUCAAAAUAAACCAGAAGUGAAUCAAAAACUCACCAAGAAAACCGUAUUGAAAGAAUACACCGAAGAAAUUGAUCGUUUGAAACGUGAUUUAAUGGCAGCUAGAGAUAAGAAUGGUGUUUACAUGGCCGAAGAAACAUAUAACCAGAUGAAUUAUCAAUUGGAGUCACAGAGAGCCGAACUUACUGAUCAAAUAAAUAAACUCAAAGCAGAAAAGGAAAAAUUGGCCGAAAAACAAAAGGAACUGGAUGAAAUCUGUGUUGAAUUGAACAAUCGCACCGAACAACUCAAAGAAACUGAAAAUACGUUAACUGAAACAGCUGAAAUUUUGGAUAAAGCAAAGCGUGGAUACCAAGAAAAGAAACAAAUUCUCUUAAAGCAUAUGGAAACGGAGAAAAUACUCACGUCACAAGGAAAACAGAUAAUGGAUGUGGCAGACAAUGCCACCAAAGAUGUGCACAAAUUACACGAUUCAAUUGAACGGCGCAAAAAUUACGAUUCCAGCAAUCGCGAAGCGUGUAAAAAACUUGACACCAAUCUCAAUAGCCAUUUUAUCAGUAUGACUAGUAAUCUUGGUGAAUAUAAAACGGCGCUGAACGAUCAAACGUUAUCUUUGAUAAACAAAAUGGGCACAAAUACCAAACAAAGCAAAGAACUUUGUGGAUUUAUGCUUGCGAAAAUAAGUACACUGAUUGAAGCUGAACAGCACGGAAAGCGUGUCAUUGAAGAAUGUUUGGCGGGUGGUAGAACAGAAGUUGACGAAAUAUUCCGAAAACAUCUAGAGGAAAAAGAUAAAAUCAUAAAAGCAGCCGAACAGCAAAGAGAAGUGCUGAAAAAGAAAUACAUUGAACUACAAACCGGUGUUGAUGCAUCAUACGCACAAUUCGAUCAAAGUCAAUUAAGUCUUCAAAAUUUGCAACGCACCCAUUUUGAUUUCGUUAGCAAUCAUCAGACUGAACUGCGAAAUGUGUUGGUGACGAAAAGUGAUGUAACCGUUGAAGGAAUUCAAUCGAGUCGACAAACAUUGGCCACUUCAACCGAUAAACAUGACGAAUUAACAUCGAAGCUCAGCAGUUUGAUCGAUGAACUGAAAGUGUUAGUUGAUCAGUCAAGAGACAAUAAUAAAUUGGUGCGAAAUGUGUCCAACGAUUUGGCAAAUGUUGAAACUCAAAUUAAAACCGAUUUGGCAGAGAAUUUGAGUGUUUUUGAUGAUUUCAAAAAUGAAAUGACCAGUAAUAAUACAAAAAUGUCUGAUACUUUGGUUGAAUGUGAGUCAGCGGCUAAGAAUGUUAAGUCAAAUGUUGCCGAAAUGGUGCAAGUUAGCGGUGAAAAUGAAACAAAUUUACUGACCAGCAUAGCUGAAAUGGAUAAGAAUUUCUUGGAACAAAAGAGAAUUCUUACCGAUAAGGUGUAUGACAUGUUUAAUCAGAUCGAAAACACAUGCGAAAUGACAAGAAUUGAUAUUGACGGCGGUUUGAAUGGUUUAAUAAACGAUGUAACUGUUGAACAAGAUCGCAUCGAUGCGCAUCAAUUUGAGUUUGAUGACACAAUGAACACAUUGGAGGCGACCAGAAAUGAAUUCUAUGAUACAUUAAAUUCGGACAUCGAUUUCUGUCAAACACGAUUGCAAACAUUCCAUAACAAUGAACUGCAAUUGUAUACACCAACGGGCCAAACACCAUCCAAACGUGAAUAUCAUUAUCCAAGAGUACUUGCAACUACAUCUCCACACGGUAAAAUAGUCGCUGAUUUAUGGAGUAAGCAUAAUCCAGCCGAUUUAAAUUGUUCGGCCAUCACUCCAGAGGUAACAAUGACCCACGAAGCGUCAACAGUGAUGGAAGUAACAAUUUUAGAAAAUACAUUACAACCAUCAGUAUUAGAACAGUCAGUGGAUCGAACACUGUGCGAAAGUCAAUUAUUUAAUGCCAAUUCAGUUUCAACGCCCUUUUCAAGUAGUCUACGCAAACAACUUCUAACUCAAAAUCUUUCAAACAUCGAAAUGACCAACAAUUUUGAAACCGAAGAUAAUAAGGAGAACUAAACGAGUUUGAUUAAAAACAAAAUCAUCGAUUUAUAUGCACAAUGCACAUGCUUGUUUGUCCAAUGUGUUUGCCAGCACCAUUGUUAUGUUUUACAUUUAUUUGAAUCGUCUAAAAUAGCAUUCAAUGUCCAUUUAAAGUGUAAACCUAAUCUAACACAUCUUCACUUUUACAUCGAUUAAUUUUCCAUUUUUUUUACAGUCUAUACAUUAUAAGCAUAAUUUUAUAUUUGCCUCUACAUUUUCCUAUACUAAAUAAAUAAUAU